ACCUUCCUUCCUCCUCUGUUUUUUUUUCUUUUUUUUUUUAACUGUGUAUCUUCCUUCUUCUUCUUCUUUUAGCUCUUUGGCUUUCAAAAAAAAAAAUCCAAAUCAAUGGAUCCAUCUCUUUCCAUUUCAAGUGAUCCUCAUCAUCAUCAUCAUCCUCCUCAGUUCACACCUUUCCCUGCUUUUCCCACCUCACACCCUUUUGCCUCCGGCUCCGGCGCCGUCCCUGCUCUUAAUCAUCCUCAACAUCCUUUAGUAUCUAAUCCGUACAUGAACAACAACAACAACAACAACAACCAUGUCUUCCAACCGCAGCCGCAAACUCAAAUUCCCCAACCGCUGAUGGCUACCAAUCCUAACCACCCUCCUUACUCUGAAAUGAUUUGCGCUGCGAUUGCCGCGUUAAACGAACCGGAUGGUUCAAGCAAGAUGGCAAUUUCGAGAUACAUCGAGAGAUGUCACUCCGGUUUACCAGCUGCUCAUCCUGCUCUGUUGACUCAUAGCCUCAAGACUUUGAAGAACAGUGGUGUUCUUGCUAUGGUUAAGAAGUCUUACAAAUUCGCUGGUUCCUCUGCUCAACCUGAGAGUGCUGCUGUUGCUGCUGCUGCUGCCGCUCAAGGUCUCGAUGUUCCCAGAUCUGAGAUUUUUCCUCAAGUUAACAACACCGUCAAUGAUCCCAUGUCUGCCUCUGCAUCUGGCUCUGCUUCUCAGCCUCAGAAACGUGGUCGUGGUCGUCCUCCUAAACCUAAACCUGAGGCUCAAGCACAGCCACUACAAGCCAUUCAACCUAAUCAGGUCCAGUCUAAUGGACAGCAAAUCUGGCAACAGGCACCUAGACCAACUGAAGCUGUUCCGGUUGCGGUUACAGAGUCGGCAAAGAGAGGACCUGGUCGUCCAAGGAAGAACGGAGCAUCUGCUCCUGCUGUUGCACCAAUCGUUCAGGCGUCGGUUAUGGCUGGAAUCAUGAAACGUAGAGGUAGACCACCGGGUCGUAGAGCUGCUGGGAGACAGAGGAAGCCCAAAUCCGUCUCUGCAACUGCCUCUGUGUAUCCUUAUGUUGCUAAUGGUGCUAGACGCAGGGGAAGGCCUAGGAGAAUUGUUGACCCUAGCAGCAGCGUUACCGUUGCUCCAGUAAGUGGUCAAAAUGUGGCGGCUGUUGUUGCUCCAGGGAUGAAGCGUGGACGAGGACGACCACCUAAGAUUGGUGGUGUUAUUAGUAGGCUUAUGAAGCCUAUAAGAGGACGAGGGCGUCCCGUUGGUAGACCCAGAAAGAUUGCAACAUCAGUCACCACUGGGACACAAGAUUCUGGAGAACUCAAGAGAAAGUUUGAUGUUUUUCAAGAGAAAGUAAAAGAAAUCGUGAAGGUGUUGAAAGAUGGAGUAACUAGUGACGAUCCUGCAGUGGUGCAAGCUAUAAAAGAUCUGGAAGGACUAACAGUGACGGAGACGGUUGAGCCACCACAAGCCAUGGAAGAAGUGCAGGCAGAGCCAUUGGAGACUUCAGCACCAGAGACUGAAGCUCAAACUGAAGCUGCUGAAACGCAAGGAGGACAGGAACAGGGACAAGAAAGAGAAGGAGGAGAAGCACAGACCGAGACCGAGACCCAGACUCAGACAGAAGCAGAAGCAAUGCAAGAAGCAUUGUUCUGAUUUCUGAAGAAUAAUUAUAAAUAAUAAAUCAAUCUAGACAUAAUAUAGCCUUGGUGUUUGGCGUUAGGAGGAGUGUUUUAUUUAUUUCUAGUUUAUUUAGGUUUUGGGAUCGUAUCUUUAAUUUAUAUUAAAAAAAACUAUAAGGAAUUUUAAUUUUUUUUCGUAGGUUUUGUUGUCUGCAUAAGCAAAACAAAAGACUCGUUAAUGGUGUUGUUGUCGGUGUGUCUUUAACCAAAACGUUUAAGACGUGGCUGUAAAUUAGCUAUGUUUCUAGUGUUCCAUCUUUUCUUUCUUA